AUGGACUCAAGACAUUAUUCAUCGUUUACUGAUGUCUUACGGGGGAAUAUUAAUCUUGAGGAUGAACUUUUCGGUUUAUCUAAAAGUUGUCCUAUGUUAGUCCAAGAUUCUCCACUGAAUGAUGAAGUUGCCACUUCUAAGAAAAAAACAACACGUGGUAUCGACUUCAGUCCUGAGGAAGACAAGCUGCUUGUAGUAGCAUGGCUCAAUACUGGUGUUGAUCCUGUGCAUGGUAAUGAGCAACAUAAAACAACAUUUUAUGGCAAAGUUGCAAAAUACUUCAAGGACCACAAGACUGACUCUACACGUAGAAUUUCAUCCCUAACAAGCCAAUGGGGAGUGAUUAAUAGGGAAACAGUUAAAUUUUGUGGUUCCUUAGCUAAAAUUGAAGCAAAGAAUGAAAGUGGAACCACUGUUGAAAUGAAGUUUAUCUCUAUGGGUCGUUCUUUUUUUCGUGAAUUGCUUGAUGAUGACUCAAAUGAAAAUGAGAUAAUUAUAAAAAUUUUCACGGGUGAGACAUCACAAUGUAAGCGUCGUCGGUAUAUCGACCAUAAUCAUUUAGCAGGCCAUAAACUGCUUUAUGAUGACUACUUUGCUGAAGAACCUGUAUAUCCUCCUAAAGUAGAAGCUCAUGAACCUUACUUUAUCCAAAAAAGAAAUAAUGCCAAAAAGCUUGGUCUAUCUCCCCUUCAAAAGAUGACCGCUGCACUUAGGAUGCUUGCUUAUGGAGUAACAGUUGAUUUUUUGGAUGAAUAUGAGGCAUAUAGGAAGGAUGUAGAGCGUGCAUUUGGAGUGCUUCAAGCACGAUUUGCAAUUGUAUGUGGACCUGCAUGGUUUUUCUAUCAUGAAACACUACAAGACAUUAUGAAAGCAUGCGUAAUUCUUCAUAACAUGAUUAUUGAAGAUGAGCGAGAUGAAGCUGAAGCAGUGUACUUCAAUUAUGAACAAAUUGAUGAGAAUUCAUGUACACCAAUGUCACAUGAGCCGACAAAUGAAUUUACGAAGUUCAUUCAAGUUCAUCAACGCAUUAGGGAUAAAGAAGUUCAUUCUUAA